GUCCUCGACCUCAAGAUUCCCUGCUCUCUUCUUCCUCUCAAUCUUCUGCCUCUACAUAUCUCGGUCUUCUUUCUCUUGUGCUCUCCGUCUUGCUUUGUCUCAUGGCAGACCAACUUCUUUCCACUGUCAGCCACCACAGCUCCCUCCCCGACACCUACGUCAGGCCGGAGUCGCAAAGGCCACGCCUCCACGAAGUCGUCCGCGACGCCAACAUCCCCACCAUCGACCUAGGCUCACCAGACGUGUCCCGGGUCAUAGCCCAAGUCGGCGACGCCUGCAGGUCUUUCGGCUUCUUUCAGGUAGUGAACCAUGGAGUGCCGGUCGAGCUGAUGCUGGCGAUGAUGGCAGUGGCUUCGGAGUUCUUCCGCCUCUCUCCCGAAGAGAAAGCGAAGCACUACUCCGAUGACCCCACGAAGAAAAUGAGGCUGUCGACGAGCUUCAACAUCCGGAAAGAGACGGUCCGCAACUGGAGAGACUAUCUACGGCUCCAUUGCUAUCCGCUCGAGGAAUUCGUGCCUGGUUGGCCGUCCAAUCCCGCUUCAUUUAAGGAAGUGGUCAGCGGUUACUGCAGGGAAGUCCGUCAGCUAGGGCUUAGACUCCUCGGGUUGAUAUCGCUCAGCCUAGGGUUGGAGGAGGACUACAUGGUGAAGGUGCUCGGUGAGCAAGAGCAGCAUAUGGCUGUAAACUACUACCCGAAGUGCCCGGAACCCGAGCUAACGUACGGCUUGCAGGCGCACACCGACCCAAACGCCCUCACGAUCCUUCUCCAGGACCCCAAGGUGGCCGGCCUGCAGGUUCUCAAGAACGGCAAGUGGAUCGCUGUCAAUCCGCAACCCGAUGCCUAUGUCAUCAACAUCGGCGACCAGCUACAGGCAUUGAGCAAUGGAAGAUACAGGAGCGUUUGUCAUCGGGCUGUCGUGAACUCGGACACGGAUAGGAUGUCGGUGGCGUCGUUCCUUUGCCCCUGCAACAGCGCGGUCAUCAGCACCCCCGAGAAGCUGGUCGUCGAUGGUUCUCCCGCCAUAUACAGGAGCUACACGUACGAAGAGUACUACAACAAGUUCUGGAGCCGAAACCUGGAUGACGAGCACUGUUUGGAGCUCUUCAAGAGCCAGCGAUGAUGCCCAGGAGGCAGGUCGUAUGAAACAGUAGCAGUUGCCUCCUCCGUGACUUACACACACACGUUCGCUUUGUUUAAAUCUAGUUUUCGUCGAUGUUUGGUGAAGACUCUGUUAAGUGCGGAGCGGAAAAUAAUGGAUGCAUUUGGUCUUCUUUGUUCCGCCGCUGUAUGAUUACUAUUUCUUUAUCACUUACUUGGAAAACUCAUAAUAAAAGUGUGUUUACACCUA